AUGGCGGAGAACGGCUUUGAGGUGCAGAUCUUCGACGAGCCCGAGUGGAACUUUGACCUGCCCGACCAUCGCAAGGCCUUCUUGGAGAAGCUGGAGGCCGAACGCCCCCAUGUGAUCUGGUUGGCCCCGUCGUGCACUUUGUGGACUCCGACACAGAACCUGAACUGCCAGACCCCGCUCCAGCAAGAGCUCCUUUACCUCGACAGACAAGCCCACCACGCCAGACACCUCAAGUUCGUGCGGCGCAUCUUCAAAAGAAUGUGUGCCUCAAGCGUGAUCGUAGUGGUGCAUCCUGCUUCGAGUGCCGCGUGGAGAACACCUGCCUUCCAUGGAAUGGGACGUUCUGUGCGAGUGGACCAGUGUAUGCUCGGAGCACAACUUCCAGAUGAGAGUGGCGUCUUCUAUCCCAUCCAGAAGGCCAUCCGUUUGGCAAGCAACGACGACGACCUUCUCGCCGAGCUGUCGGGCUACAGGUGCAACAAGGAGCACUACCACUUAACCUUGUUGGACAACAAUGCCAGCCUUGGGUCACGCGUGGCAGCCACAGCCGACGUUUGCGAAAUCUUCGCCAGACACCUGACGGAAGCCUAUCACCGCGGCACCCCAAUGGAGCACGGCUUUGUGGGUGAGAUAGCAAACACUUCCUCCGGCGAGGGCACCUCGGAUGACGCCGUCAUGCCUGACACUGACGCCCCAAGGCCAACCGGUGCCCUGGCGCAACUGUCGUGCACAUCCCCUGCAGUGGCUGCGCGACUCGUGGCACGAAUACAUCGAAACCUUGGACACCCAUCCAACAAGGACCUUCGAAAAAUUCUGCAAGACCAUGGAGCCGGUGACGUGGUUCUCGACACGGCUGCUGGGUACGAAUGCCCAGUGUGCGCCAGGCUGGCCCCGCCGCCACAGGUGCCCAAGACCAAUCUGCGAUCCACCUACAAGUUCAACGAACGACUGUUGGCCGACACUGUGUGGCUGCAGGUGGCGGGCAAACCAACACCCGUCUUGACCAUGCUCGACAGUGCGACGCGCUACCUCGCCGCCAGGGUCUUGAACUCCGAAACGUCCAGUGAGUUUCUGCGAGCGCUGCAGCGUGGUUGGAUCCGUACAUUUGGUGCGCCUGCAGCACUCCAUGUCGACUCACAUCGUGGUUGGGGCAGCGCUGAGGUCAGGGACUUUGCCACUGAGCACAACUUCGAGAUUGUCGUGUCACCUGGCGAGGCCCACGAGAGACUGGCGCAAUUGGAGAGACGACACCAGGUAUUGCGCAAGGCAGUCGACGUGUAUAUGGAGGAACACAACAGCAACACUAUGGAUGGGCUGGUGGAGGCUCUCACCUUCGUUGUCCCUGCCUUGAACCAAACCCUCUCUGUAGGGGGGUACAGCCCCGCGCAGUGGGUGCUGGGCUAUCAGCCCUCUCUACCUGGCUCUCUCCUCGAUUCACAAUUGAACCCCAGUCAUUUGCAUCCCACUGAAGCGUUCCAGAAGAACAUGAUGGCGCGAGCCACUGCCGCCACGGCCGUCAUCAAGGCCGAUGCAGACUUGCGGUUGCGCCGUGCUCUUUUGCGACAACAUCGUGGAGAAGCUCCUCUUCUGCAUGUCGGGCAACGGUGUUACUAUUGGCGAGAGGCAGCGGGGCCCGGACCCAGAGUUCGAUGGAAAGGCCCGGCCACAGUGGUUUUGGUUGAGCAGGGACAUCGUGCGCUACCCACCGUAUACUGGCUGGUGCAUGGUACUGCGCUCAUCCGCGCCGCCCCAGAACACGUGCGGCCCGACAUCGAGUCGACCACGCUGGCUGGCUCCGGCCGCGACCUUCUGACCUUGGUCCGCGACGUGCAGAACAGAGGUACCACCACCUACACCGACCUCGUCCGCACCAACAAGAAGCGCGCCCUCACCGAUGUGGCCCCGGACUCUGACGAGGAGAUGUUCGAGCCUGACGCCGACGACCCUCGCUUCACUCCUGGUCCUUUUCCGCCCGGAGGUGCGGUCGGCCCGACCUUGUCUUCUACGACGAGCACUGGGUUUCCGCCAGCCUCGCCGAUACCAACUGCUGAGACGCCAGACGUGCCAGAGCUCUCCACUGUCACGCCUACCUCCUUGGCGCCUACCUCACCUGUGGUUUCCCCCAUGCUGCCGGAGAACCUUCCCAAGGUGCCUUCCGACCUCAUCGACACCGACCUGGAACAGUAUUCCCCUUCAGCUUCUGACCGCCCCGCCAAUGCUGCCGACCAUGACCAGGAGGACAACAAGCCUCAAGAGCAACAGCAACAGCAAGUCGGUGGAGCCAUUGCAGCUCAGGCCAUACAUCCAUCAUAUGCCCCCCAGCCAGGCGAGUCAUUUCAUGAACGACGUGCCCGCCUGGACAGACAGGAAACCAUUGCCUACGGACCUCAGCUCCGACGCCCUGAGUCCGCCUCAACGCCAUACGGCCCCCGCCCUGUCACAGACCAGCGACCGCCAACCGCAGCGCAAGCCAAGGAGAGCCUGGUGGAGCAGUCCUUCUUGGUCGACGUGCUGCCGCCCGAUAGUGCUGACGCACCAGGCCUACACGAAAACUUGCCUGCCGGAUGGUUCGUUGAGGAUGGCUACCUUUGCCUUGAACCUAUCCACGAUGUCUGGGAGAUGAAGGGCAACCAGCUGAUCCGGCACCACUACGUGGCCAGAGACACUCUCUUCCAUCCCGAGGAGACCGGCGAUUGCCCCAUUCCGACAAGUAUGCUGACAAAGACCCGACACACAUGUAUCGGAAGCCACCGUCACGAAGAUAGAUGGCGCUCCGGGACAUCUACACCCGCCGAGCCCUGGACCGGCCGCACCAUCUUCAAGAUCCAGCCCCGGGACAGGCGGGGAGCAUCCGAGGCCUUCUACACGGCAUCAGCUGGACAACACACAUAUGCCGGAACCGCAGCCAAGAGGAAAAAGGACGCCAAGAGCCUGACUGAGAGAACAAUGAGCCUGUCCGACCGCCUUGCAUUCAUGGAGGCCAAGAGGAAGGAGCUGGCAAGCUUUUUCACUAACAACGUCUGGGAGUUUUCAACCGAAGACGAGGCAGUACCCGGCCGUGUCCUGAAGGCCCACUUCAUUUUGAAAUGGUCAAAGCAUCCAGAUGGAUCGCCCCGAGCGAAGGCCAGGCUGAUUACGCAAGGCUUCCGCGAUCCCGAUGCCCUGGCUGGCAAUCUGGAAUCUACUUCGCCAACUUUGUCUCGUCUCGGACGGUCGUGCCUCCUGUCCUUGGCCGCGAACAAGAGCUGGGGAACCUUUGUUGCUGACAUAUCAACGGCUUUCCUUCAAGGCCAAGAGCAUCCUGCCGAAAGGACUCUCUGGAUUCGGCUUCCCAAGGACGCCAGGGACUUGCUGGGCAUUUCGAGCGAAAAGACAUGCAUGAGGCUUCGCAAACCCAUGUACGGGCUGAUCGACGCACCACGAUCUUGGUAUCUUGAGGCUGUUCGUCGAUUGCAAACAAUUGGCUUUGUCCGGCACCCUCUUGAUGGCUGCCUCUUCUGCUACUAUGCCCUCGACGCCAAUGGAGCCCAACAGCUGGUCUGUGCAAUUGGUCUACACGUCGACGACUUGUUGGGCGUGGCCGACCAACCGCACCCCGCAUACGAGCAGAUCAAGGCCGAUCUCAAGAACCAGUUCGCGUUCCGAGACUUCCGGGAGAACCAGAACGACUUUGAGUUCCUGGGUGCCAAGCUGUCUCAGCUCGACGAGGGCGGCUUCCGAUACGAUCACCAGGACUACCUCCACAAGGUGAAGCCCAUCCCCAUCGAGAAGAACAGACAGGCCGCCGCAGAGGAGCCAGUGACCGAGAAGGAACGCACUGGCUUGAUCGGGGCAACUCAAUGGGCGGCCACGCAGACCUCGCCACACUUGCAGGUCAUGACUUCCAUGCUUGCUGGCACCGUGCAAAAGAGCACCGUCAACGACCUCCUGGCAGCCAACAAGAUGCUUCGCUUUGCAAAGGCCAACAACGACGCAGCUUUGGAGUACACGCCCUUGGGCGACCUCAACGACCUCACCUUCGUUGCUUUCUCUGACGCUGCUUUUGCCACAAGGGACGACCUGGCCAGCCAAGGCGGCUACCUCAUCCUUAUGGUCCACAAGGACGUGGUGGAGUCUGGAGUUGUCGGGCGAUACCACGUCCUGGACUGGCGGUCGUUCAAACUACCCAGAGUUGCUCGUUCCACCUUGGCCGCUGAGUCUCAGGCAGCCUCCGAAGCUGCCGACUGCUUGCACUACACCGUGUGCUUCUACAAGGCCCUUCUGGACCCCGACUUGAAGUUCAACUCCAAGGACGCCUUCCUCUGGCCAAACAAACCAGCGCUGGUGGUGGACGCAAAGUGCCUCUACGACCUCCUGGCCCGCGACGAGCUUCAAGCCACUUCCGGUUCAGACAAAAGAACAGCGCUGGAGACACUCACCACGAAAGACAAGCUCAAGGAGAUCGGCGCUACAACGCGCUGGAUAUCUUCGGAAAGACAAUAUGCCGAUGGAUUGACCAAAAACUCGGCAGCGCAGCUGCUUGCCAACCGGUUGCGAACACACCAGGUCAAGCUAGUUGCGGAUGAGACUUACCAGGCCGCCAGGAAGAAGACAGCCCAAGAACGAGCGCAGUCGGCCAACCAGUUCGCCUUGCCGAGAGCCCGCGCAGGUCAAGGCGCUGUUGGUACAGCUUUCUUUGUCACCAGCGUGGUCGCCAACAUCGUACCAACCACCGCCGCCGAGCUCUACCCGGCCGUGGUCCAGACUGCGAUGCGCCAACAUGUCCCCUACACCGACGUCUUGCUUGACGUGCUGGCCUCUUUGACCACCGUUCUGUGCUUCUUCAUUGGCUUUCUGACGUUGUACUGCGGCCCUCCGGAGCGCUUGGUCAAAGUUUGUCGACGCUGCUGGUCCAGGAGCAUCCAGUACCGCAACGGCAUCGACAUCGACGUCCAGACCGAGAGCAUCCAGUACCACAACGGCAUCGACAUCGACGUCCAGACCGAGACCGUCCAGUACCACAACGCCAUCGACCUCGACGUCCAGACCGAGACCGUCCAGUACCGCAACGCCUUCGACAUCGACGUCCAGACCGACAACGCCAUCGACAUCGACGUCCAGACCGAGACCCUGCAGUACCUCGACGGCAUCAACGUCAACAUACAGACCGACCACGUUGCCAACGCCCACGUCCAUGUCCAGACAGACUUGCAACGUGCUCGACAAGGAGUGACCUUGGAACAAGCCUUCGCCAUCAACCGGGAUCUGGCCCACCGACUGCGAGCGCUACAGGACUACGUUCGACGUUUCCAGAACUACAGGGCCCGCUACCACACCCUUGGCGACGUGUACUUGUGUCCCUUCGGCGAGGUCUACCACCACAGCUUCGAGUGUGCCAACCAACGUACCGAUCGAGUACCUGUUCGACGCCGACCCUGCAAUACGUGCUGCAACGAGGUCAUAGAGGGCAUCCCUGGCUUGCCUCCCAUUCCCGCACCACUCCUGGCCGCAGUCAUCAAUGUCCCUGAGGCCCCGACAGCAAGGCCUACGUCAGCCGCAGCCUCUUCGACAGCUGCACUGACACCGGACUGA